AUGAGAUCUCCGGAAAGUCGUAUCAGCAGUCCUGAUCAAGAAUGGAAAGAAGAAUUGCUCAACAACUACAUUCAACGUGUUUUUGGUGGUAGUAUUUGGGAAUUACUCGAAGAAAAUUGUCGACAGCUUAAUUUCAGCGUUAUCGUGGAAAACCCCAGAUUGAAACCAUCUAACGAAAUAUGUAUGAAUGACUUGAUUUAUCUACUUGACUAUGACAAAGAAGACGUCGGUAAUGUCAAUGUCCAUUUUGAAAUACGUAGUGAAUACCACGGGGUAAUUAUAACUAAAUUACAAUAUAAAAAGAAUAUAGAAAGUCUAAUUGCCAGUGGAAUAAAAUUCUGGAAAAUGGGUAAUGGGAAAAAAGCCGAGAUUUACAUGGAAUUAGUUACAGAGAUAGAUAAGUCAAAUACAAGAGUUGUUGAAAAGAAAUCCAAAAUACAAAGAUAUUGUUGA